GUAUCUACUUGCUCUUCGACUCAAACUCCCAACCUUCUUUGAGACUCAAAGAAACGAUACUUUCUCGGUCAUUCCAAAGUCCUAACUUUUAAAAAUGGCGCAACAAAUUACGGCGCGCAAGCAGCAAGAGCUCCAAAACCAGUACACAAAUUACAAAAAUGGUCUGCAGCAAAUAGCCUCAAAGAUUGGCGAUGUAGAGACAGAAGCAGAGGAGCACAAACUUGUUCUCGAAACACUUGAACCUCUUCCUGGUGACCGGAAGUGUUUUCGAAUGAUAAAUGGCGUGUUAGUUGAGAGGACUGUAAAGGAUGUGGUGCCGGCUUUGAAGACAAAUUCGGAAGGUCUACGGAAAGUCCUGGAGGAUUUGGUCAAGCAAUACAAUAGCAAACAAUCAGAAAUGGAGAAAUGGAAGAAGAAGAACAACAUCCAGGUCGUGCAGCAGUAAAAGCGUCAGCAUUUGUCACAUAUUUUGGAGUAUGGGCGUUGCAUCAACAGCAAGAUGGGUAAAAAUCUGCUUCGGCUCAUAAGGCAGUCAAUGAGGAGGCAAGAGCUUGCCAGGCUAUUCUUUUGCAUAAUGGGGAAGCAAAUAUGACAUACGCGGGGAAGCAUUCAUGCCCAAGAUCUCGACUUGUCAAAAUGAUUCUCCUUACUAAGUUACCCCGAAGGUUGUGAUAUUCUUAUGUGCAUCAAGAGAGUUUGUACAACGUCAUAGUAACAUUGGAUUGCUCGUAAAUCGGUGGAUGAAUCAAACCAUCUA